AUGAACGCGGAUAUGGCGACCAACGCGCAGCUUGUGCACGAGGCAAGAACCAUGCCGCCGAUGCAAAAGCCGAAGACCCUCAAUGAGUUGCAGCAAAUUGUUUAUCAGUACCUGGCGAAGCAUACAAAGGGUGGUCACAUAUUAAGUUGGCGGGCUAUGGUUUCUGUCUGCGACCGCAUCCCCUUAGUCAUGAACCUCAUCACGAACCAUUUACUUGCUAUGGAUGAAGGUGACCCUAUGAAAGUUGCCGAGUGGAGCUGCAACUUUGAAAUCGACACCUUCCAUAAAUCAGUUUCAAAGGAAGUCUGGCGUGAAGAGAUGCAACGGAAAAUAAGCGAGUUUUGCAGCCAAAGAAAAGGCAACGAGCCGAGAAACGAUGUACUCAGGGACAAAUACGGCCUACCAUUUAUAUAUUCCUCCCCACGGAUGAAAACACCAGAGGAUGUCAAGUGGCUUUUCAGAGCGCGUCGUAAGCCGGUCUACCGCUGCCAGGAAGUUGAGUGCGCGCUUUCACUCAUCACGUACACUGAACAGGCUCUGCAACAACAUAUGAACAAGGAGCAUACAAAGCCGAGACAAGGUCCUCUUGAAUCUGCUCAACAGAAUCUCGCUUUGACUGUCGGAGCAGAGCUUCAUGGCGGGGAACUGACUGCCGGAGCUGCUGCAAAUCUCGUGAUGCCUUCUUCAGAUCGAUCGGGCCCCUCGGUUCCAUACACUGUCGCACAAGACCGCGCCCAAGGCGGUAAAGUUCACCGCCCUGGUAUCACUACAGAUCUUGGAAAACGGAGGCAGCCAGAGCAGAUAACAACUCGUGGCGUUCUCGACGGGCGAACCAGUCGUCCCUCAACGACAAACAAACGCCCUCUGCGAGAAAUACGUGCCAAAAGUCUUGAUGGACAAGAAUGCACUGUAUCAGCCCAAACACAGCUGUCAGUCCCAACACUUUCUAAACCCAAGUCAUUCUUUGGUAAACAGAAAGUCUGGAUGGCUCGAGGCGAAGACCUUGCACUUUUCAACACGCAUCGGCCCAAUAUUCAGAAUCUUCUUCGACAUUCCUGUAUCCCCGAGUCUAGCCAUAAACUUUGGAUCGGUCUUUAUCGAGUUGGGGCCACGGAGGAAGAAGCAAAGACAUUCGUCGUUGUUUCAUGCACCAAUCGCAGAAUCCGAAAGCUUACUCGUGAUAUCUUAAGCAGCUGUCCGAUCUUCCAGCCAGGUCAAGCACUCGAUCGAUUCAAAGUCAUCAGCAAAGCAACGCUUCCAGAGACGGCUUGCGAGCCUCAGCAGACGAUGCAAGAUGAACCAGGACUGGAAUGUGAACCGGGACUACGAAACCUAGACAAGGGCAAGAACAUUGCCAAUGACGAAUAUAAGACUAUUCGCAUAUCUCCAUCCAUCACAGGCGAUAAUUAUCUAUGUCGUCAAGUACAAGCACGCCAUGUUUCUGGCAAAGGAGAGGUGCGAUUUCAAACAGCCACUGCAGGACCCCUGCUCAACGUUGAUGGCCGUGCCUAUCAGCUCACUGUAGCGCACGUUGUCAACUUUGAGGAGAAGGAUAUCCAUAAUGUCACUAAAAGCACAACGGAUGACUGGGAUGACUGGGACGAAAGCGAUGAUGAUACCGACAUUGGUUGUUCCGCAGACGAAGACGUUGCGUCUUGGGAUAUCUCAACGAGCCGGAACAGCACUUCAGACGCCUCCGACAAUGACAUUCCCUCAUCUUUAUCAAGCGACUCAGCCUUUGAGGUUGCUACCCAACGAGACCGAAGUGGUGCAGCUAUCACAGAAGCAACGUCCACCGAUGAAGAACCCAUAGACGAGCCAGUUCAAAUGACUUCUUCGCCAGAUCUCCAUCUUUCAGAACGGCCAGUGGUUGAAGAAUUCCUCAUUGAUCAUGCCUCCCCGUAUCUAGGCUUUGCACCCGAAUCAGAGAAUUGCCAAAUCUCCAGGGAAAUGGACUAUCUUCUCAUUCCUACAAACGUCGAUCUCCAGGCAAGGACCUGUACUUCCAAUAGUUUAGAGCUGAUACAGAUGUCUGAAGCCUUUGAACUGCAAGGUAAAACAGAGCCUCGACCGGUUAUAAUUGCCACAGCAUCGGUUGGGUACGUUGGAGGCGUGGUUUUCCCGGCACCGUCAUUGCUACGACCUCGGGGCUCAAAAGAUUUCCAAACAUUAUUUUGCAUCGAGUCUGAUAGUGCUAUGCCAAAGGGAUCUUCUGGCUCGGCCGUUUUCGAUAAGCGGACUGGGUUGCUGGCUGGAUAUCUUGGCCUUGGAUGCCCUGAAAAGAAUAUCUGGUACAUGUUUCCCAUUUCGGAGGUGUUGGGUGACAUGCAGGCCAGAUUUAGUCAGAACGGGAAAUGCCAGAUACGGCUCGAUGUGGAUGCGGUUGCCAGGCUGAGCGAUCAAAGAUAUUCCCCCAACACAAAUCGCGACAGCCUGCGCUGA